AAAUACAUAAUUAAACGUAUACCAACAAAACCCCAGCCACAGGAACAGUGAGAACAGAGACAAAAGAAAAACCCUGUUCCGGAAAACACUGUGGAUUUUGUUUUAUCAGAAAAAGGAAAAUUAUUUAUUUACAUUCAAUUAAGAGGUAUAGAAAAGAAAACGGUGGCUGCAGUGAGAGUGGAGCCUACCAACCCUUGCGGUCAUACCUCGUCAGAUCCGUCCUUUUGGGCCCCACUUUUUCACUCCUUCUUCAACGCUGCUGCUUCUUCUUCUGCUGCUGCUGCUUCUGUUGGGUUUAAAAGGGAAAAGAACUACGGACAAAAGCCACACAUUCAAAAACAAAAUCUUCUUAUACAGACCCAAAAAGGGUUAAGCUUUAGUGGUGUGUGUGUUUUCCUGCCAUUGCUGGAUUCAUUCUUUCUUUGGACUUUAAAUAAUAAUAAGUGUGGCUUGUCGUGACGUGAUCGCAUUUAUGAGAUCGUUUUGAUGAUAGGAAGUAUCAUAAAUAUGGAUCUCCGAGAAGAUAGCAUAAGGUUGGAGUCCCUGCAAGCAACAUCUAGAAAUAUGUCAUCAUCGUCGUCAGCAUUCUUUUCUGCGAAUCAAUCACCAUUCUUCUCUCCAAGAUCAUCAACGUGUCAAUUGUCCGAAUCGACAAGGUCUGAUGCUCAAUGUAACAGUAUUAAUUUAAGUGCUGAUCCUCCAAGUUCCAGUUCUGGAAUCCAGGUUCCAGAAUGCCUUGCAGAAGUCGGAUUUUCUGGCUUCGAGAAAUUUGAUCACAUGCCAUCUACAACUCUUGUUGCAAGUGGCAUCCGAUCUAGUUAUGAUCAUAUGGGUGACAAUGGUUAUAAUGUCCCUAUAGCGAAGCACAGAAAGCAUAUGAGAAACCAUUAUAUGUCAUUUUCCCCUGUUCCAAUAUCAUUGUCUUCUAACCGACGGAGGAGCUAUGACGUAUACAUAGGUUUGCAUGGCCGCAAACCUUCCUUAAUGAGGUUCACAAAUUGGCUCCGUGCUGAGCUAGAAGUUCAAGGGGUGACUUGCUUUGUAUCUGACAGAGCUCGAUUCAGGAAUUCUCGUAAGCAUGAACUUAUGGAAAGGGCAAUGGAUGUUUCUUCCUUUGGGGUUGUAAUUCUAACAAGGAAGUCUUUGAGGAAUCCGUAUACUAUUGAAGAGCUUAGAUUUUUUUCAAGCAAGAAAAAUUUGGUCCCUAUCUAUUUUGAUUUGAGGCCUGGUGAUUUUCUUGUCCGAGAUAUAGUCGAGAAAAGGGGAGAGCUGUGGGAAAAACAUGGUGGUGACUUAUGGGUUCUUUAUGGAGGAUUGGAGAAAGAGUGGAAGGAAGCUGUUAAUGGCCUGGUUCGAGUGGAUGAAUGGAAACUAGAAGCGCAGGACGGUAACUGGAGAGACUGCAUAUUACAAGCUGUUACUGUUUUGGCGAUGAAGUUAGGAAGGCGAAGCGUUUUAGAGCAAUUGACAAAGUGGAGAGACAUGGUGGACAAAGAGGAAUUCCCGUUUCCUCGAAAUGAAAACUUUAUUGGCAGGAAGAAAGAAUUGUCGGAGCUGGAAUUUAUACUUUUUGGUGAUAUUACUGGAGAAUCAGAAAGGGAUUAUUUUGAGCUCAAGGCUCGAUCAAAGAGAAAGAAUUUGACUGUUGGGUGGAGUAAGAGCAGUUUGGCGGAGGAAAGGCACCGGGCGAGUGGCAGCCGGAAGGGUAAAGAACCAGUCAUUUGGAAGGAGUCUGAAAAGGAGAUUGAGAUGCAAAGUUUUGAAAGGCAACACUAUCAAAGACCAAAAGGUGGACAGAAUUCACGGAGAAAGAGAUCAAAGAAAACUGUAUAUGGAAAGGGCGUUGCCUGUGUAACUGGGGACUCAGGAAUAGGGAAGACUGAGCUUCUUCUGGAAUUUGCCUACAGAUUUCACCAGAGGUAUAAGAUGGUUCUAUGGAUAGGAGGGGAAAGCCAGUAUAUUAGGCAGAAUUAUUUAAAUCUCCGGUCGUUUUUAGAGGUCGAUGUCGGGGUUGGAAAUUCCAUUGAUAAAAGCGGGAUUGACAGCUUUGAAGAGCAAGAAGAGGCUGCUAUUUCUAGAGUCCGGAAAGAGCUAAUGCGAAACAUACCUUUUCUGGUGGUGAUUGAUAAUUUAGAGAGUGAAAAAGAUUGGUGGGAUCAGAAGCUUGUAAUGGAUCUUCUUCCUCGUUUUGGCGGUGAGACCCACAUUUUGAUAUCCACUCGCCUUCCGUGUGUGAUGAACUUAGAACCGUUAAAACUCUCAUACUUGUCUGGAGUGGAGGCAAUGUCAUUAAUGCAGGGAAGUAUGAAAGACUACCCUAGUGCAGAUAUUGAUGCACUUAGGAUCAUCGAGGAGAAAGUUGGGAGGCUAACUUUGGCCUUGGCAAUUGUAGGCUCAAUGCUGUCCGAGCUACCCAUAAAUCCAAGCAGGCUGCUAGAUACCAUCAAUAGGAUGCCCUCGAGAGACAUUUUAUGGAGUGGUAGGGAAGUUCAUUUAUUGAGGAAAAACACUUUCCUGCUGCAACUCUUUGAGGUAUGUUUUUCGAUAUUCGUUCAUGCAGAUGGACCAGGGAGCCUGGCAACGAGAAUGGUCCUGGUGAGUGGUUGGUUUGCACCUGCUGCCAUUCCAAUUUCCCUGUUAUCCUUAGCUGCUCACAAGGUACCCAAGAAACAUAACGGAACCCAGUUUUGGAGAAAGUUAUUGCAUUCCUUGACGUGUGGUUUUUCUUCAUCUUACUCAAAGAGAUCCGAAGUAGAAGCAUCGUCCAUGUUAUUAAGGUUCAAUCUUGCAAGAAGUAGCACCAAGGAAGGUUAUAUCCAUUUCAAUGAGCUCAUCAAGGUUUAUGCUCGGAAGAGAGGAGUUACCGGAGCUGCUAAUGCCAUGGUACAAGCUGUUGCUAGUCGCGGAUCAUUAUCCCUCCAUUCGGAACAUGUAUGGGCAGCAUGUUUCUUGCUAUUUGGAUUCGGUAAUAACCCUAAGGUCGUUGAGCUCAGGGUGUCGGAACUGUUAUGCCUUGUAAAACAAGUGAUUUUGCCUCUUGCGAUUUGGACAUUCGUUACAUUCUCGAGGUGUGGUGCUGCUCUUGAACUCCUCCGGGUAUGCACCGAUGCUUUGGAGGCAGCAGACGAGGCAUUCCUUACCCCGGUUGAGAAAUGGUUGGACAAAUCACUAUGUUGGAAGCCCAUCCAAACUAAUGCUCAAUUGAAUCCAUAUCUGUGGGAGGAGUUGGCAUUAUUGAGAGCCACCGUGCUAGAAACCAGAGCAAAGUUAAUGGUAAGAGGGGGACAAUUCGACAUCGGAGAUGACCUGAUUCGGAAAGCUAUUUUUAUUAGAACUUCAAUCUGCGGUGAGAAUCAUCCGGAUACCAUAGCUGCUCGUGAAACACUGAGCAAACUUACCCGGCUUCUUGCAAAUGUUGAGACUCAUACUUCAUCAUAGACUCUAUAUUUUCUUGUUAGCAAUUUUAACCUUAGACUAUACAAAGUUUACAAAUAACAACUCCUGUAAACAGUUCACAGAAUUUCUUCUUCUUCUUCUUCUUAAUAUUGCAUUCUAUUCGAUUCAAUGCAGAAACCAACUAUUCUAACCA